AUGAAGCCGCCUCUUGAUAAUGACGUUUCGCUAAACAAUAAAGAAGAAUUCAUAUACUACCUAAAAAUAUUAAACCAUAUUGGAUACUACGAUGAAAUGGUUUCCAUGAUAAGCGCUGUGAAUGUGGAAAAUUACAAUUUAAAUUACUCCGAGUCGGUGUUAAUGGGAUCCACCUUCAAAAAUGCCCUAAACGUUAGGAGAAAGGAAAAGAACGUACUCGAAAAUAUCAUAGCAAAUGAAAAAUCCAGUGAACAAGAAAAAAAUUGCGCUGAGCUACUAAAGUACAAGUUAAAUGAAGAUAUAAGAUCCAUAGAAAAUACUACAUAUGACAUUAUAAAAACAAAAUGCAUUCCCAUGACGACUAACGAGAAAAUAUUAAUGUUCUAUUGGCAUCUACUUGGAGAUAUUACGAGAUACUGCUCGGAUACAUUUGAAGGUGAAGAAAAGAAGAAGACUCAAGAAAGAAGCAUGCAGUCGUAUUCUUACGCCCUAGGUUAUGCGAACCGAAUGAGUAUACCUCCCUCUAGUCCGCGGAUCUUAGAACUGCUCGUUAGUUUAACAGUUCUCCACAAAGACAUGCACACCGACAUAAACAUUUCCAUUGAGAUGGCUGCUCAGGCAUUUAGAGAUGCAAUUCAAAAUAUGCAUCUCCUGGAAAACGACGACGAAUGCUCCAAAACGAUUGGUAUAUUGGGCGUACUGAGGGACAACAUAAAUAAGUGGUGCGAACUUUGCGGCAGGAAAAAUGUGAAUGAACUAUUCGAAAUAAAAGGAGAAAACUUCGAUAAAUACAAGGACAUUAUGGACAGCAUCCAGUCAUAA